GCAACCUUACCUACCUGCCCUUUAAGCCUUUUUCUUUACUGGGCAAUCAAAUCAAAUCAAAAUAUCAUAUAUGUAUAUACGUAGUGUUCAUUAAUCUCCGAUCCGCCGUUAAUGGCCGCUAAUCAUGUUCAUGUCCACUGGGUUGUCGUCCUCCUCUCUGUCUACGUCUCCUCCGCAGUUGCUGCCAGAGUGGCGUCUCGGCACCCUUUCUGGAAUGGCGCAGAAAACCCCAAUAUAGCUAGGGUUUUCGACACCUCCAAAUUUGGGAUUUUGCAGCUCGGCAAUGGCCUCGCUGCCACUCCUCAGAUGGGAUGGAACAGCUGGAAUUUCUUCAGGUGCAACAUAACCGAAGAUGUCAUCAAAGAAACAGCUGAUGCCCUUGUCGCCACGGGACUGGCUAGAUUGGGCUACGACUAUGUCAAUAUAGAUGAUUGUUGGUCCGAGCCAACAAGAAACUCGGAGGAUAAAAUGGUUCCGGACAUGGAAGCAUUUCCAUCGGGGAUGAAAGCUCUUGCUGAUUAUGUGCACUCCAAAGGACUCAAGAUUGGGAUCUAUUCUGAUGCAGGAUUAUACACAUGUCAGAUUCGGCCCGGCUCCCUCAAGCAUGAACACGAUGAUGCAGAGCUUUUUGCCGAAUGGGAGAUUGAUUACUUGAAGUAUGACAAUUGCUAUAACAUGGGGAUUAAACCAGAGGAGAGGUUCCCAUUGAUGCGUGAUGCUCUGAACAAGACCGGGAGAGCGAUAUUCUAUUCGCUAUGUGAAUGGGGUGUGAACGAUCCGGCCUUAUGGGCUGACCAAAUCGGGAACAGCUGGCGAACUACAGAUGACAUCGAAGAUACAUGGCAAAGCAUGACUACGAUUGCUGAUAUCAACAACAAGUGGGCAGCCUACGCCGGCCCUGGUGGAUGGAAUGAUCCCGACAUGUUGGAAGUAGGAAAUGGGGGAAUGACUUACGAAGAAUACAGGGCACAUUUCAGCAUUUGGGCUCUCAUGAAGGCGCCACUCCUGAUUGGCUGCGAUGUAAGAAACAUGACGGCAGAGACACGCGAGAUUCUCACCAACGAGGAGGUUAUCGCAGUCGACCAAGAUCUACUUGGAGUGCAAGGCAGAAAAGUUCACACAUACGGCCCCGAAAAUUGCUACCAAAUUUGGGCAGGACCACUGACCGGGGAGCGAAUGGCCGUGGUAUUAUGGAACCGAUGUUCGAAACCGGCUACUAUUACAGCUGAAUGGGCCGUAAUGGGGCUCGAACCUUCCUCCCAUUUUUCUGUUAAAGAUUUGUGGAAGCACGAGUACACUUCUAUGGAUGCCACAGCCUCCAUCAGCGCCCGCGUCAAAUCCCAUGCUUGUGAAAUGUAUGUUUUGGCUCCGGUUGCAGCAGCUCACUCCGCUGCCUAAAUUCGACCUUUAAUUUUAUCUUCGAAGUUUCGAAGAUGUCAAGUGAACCUUAUGAGUCUUUCUAGUUGAGUAAAAUUUUUGUUUUGGAUUUGGAAUGUCUUCUGUGAUUUUAAAUAUGUUGCAACUUUGGAAUGUUGGUGUUGUGUGAUAUCUAAAUAAGAAUUGUUGAUGUUAUAUGAUUUGAACUUUAAAA